CCACUUUCUUCCCGCGCACGCGCGGAGAGUAUUUUCUAAGCUUGCACCUGUGUUGUCCUUGGUCCUAGGGCCGAGGGGAUUAAGAGGUGGUCUAGCCUGGUUCCUUCUGGGUUUAGGGAAAAGGUUAGGUGUUUCACCCCAACUCCACUCGGGGAAAGGCCAAAAAGGCCCAUAAAUAGGUACCGGCAUCUCUUGUUGAGUGACUUCCACAGUCAUGUUAAAGGCUAAAAUUGGGCUUCUUUUGUUCCCUCCAUACCACCUGAAACAACUAAAAGAGACUAAGUUUUUGAGGCAUUCAUGCCAACGCCUUCUUCAUCAACAACUACCCCUACACCCAGAAUGGGUUGCCUUAGCUAAAAAGCAAUUGAAAGGCAAGAAUCCAGAAGAUUUGAUAUGGCACACUCCAGAAGGAAUCUCCAUAAAGCCCUUGUAUUCCAGCAAAGAUACCAAGGAACUACCUGAAGAAUUACCAGGAAUGAAACCAUUUAGUCGUGGGCCAUAUCCCACCAUGUAUACUUUCAGACCAUGGACCAUCCGUCAAUAUGCAGGUUUCAGCACUGUGGAAGAAAGCAAUAAAUUCUAUAAGGACAACAUAAAGGCUGGUCAGCAGGGAUUAUCAGUUGCUUUUGAUCUUGCAACCCAUCGGGGAUAUGAUUCAGAUAACCCACGAGUCUGUGGAGAUGUUGGAAUGGCUGGAGUUGCCAUUGACACUGUGGAAGACACCAAAAUUCUUUUUGAUGGAAUUCCUUUAGAAAAAAUGUCAGUUUCCAUGACAAUGAAUGGAGCAGUUAUCCCAAUUCUCGCAACUUUCAUUGUAACUGGGGAAGAACAAGGAGUACCUCAAGAAAAACUAACUGGUACAAUACAGAAUGACAUAUUAAAGGAGUUCAUGGUCAGAAAUACUUACAUUUUUCCUCCAGAGCCAUCCAUGAGGAUAAUUGCAGACAUCUUUCAAUAUACAGCAAAGCAUAUGCCCAAGUUUAAUUCAAUUUCUAUUAGUGGAUACCAUAUGCAAGAGGCAGGAGCUGAUGCCAUUCUGGAAUUAGCAUAUACUAUAGCUGAUGGUUUAGAAUACUGCAGAACUGGCCUCCAAGCUGGCCUUAGCAUUGAUGAAUUUGCACCAAGAUUAUCUUUCUUCUGGGGAAUUGGAAUGAAUUUUUAUAUGGAAAUAGCAAAAAUGAGAGCUGGGAGACGACUCUGGGCACACUUAGUAGAGAAAAUGUUUAAACCCAAAAACUCUAAAUCUCUUCUUCUGCGAGCACAUUGUCAGACAUCAGGCUGGUCACUUACUGAACAGGAUCCCUACAAUAAUAUUAUUCGUACUACAAUAGAAGCAAUGGCAGCAGUGUUUGGAGGGACCCAGUCCUUGCAUACAAAUUCAUUCGAUGAAGCCUUAGGUUUGCCAACAGUAAAAAGUGCUCGAAUUGCCAGAAACACUCAGAUCAUAAUUCAGGAAGAAUCUGGGAUUCCCAAAGUAGCUGAUCCAUGGGGAGGUUCAUAUAUGAUGGAAUCUCUCACAAAUGAAGUCUAUAAUGCUGCUUUGAAGCUUAUUAAUGAAAUUGAAGAAAUGGGUGGAAUGGCCAAAGCUGUAGCUGAAGGAAUCCCUAAACUUCGAAUUGAAGAAUGUGCUGCUCGGAGGCAAGCCAGGAUAGAUUCUGGAUCUGAAGUAAUUGUUGGUGUAAAUAAAUACCAGUUAGAAAAAGAAGAGCCUGUUGAUGUUCUGUCCAUUGAUAAUACUUCAGUUCGUAACAAGCAAAUUGAAAAACUUAAAAAGGUGAAAGCCAACAGAGAUCAAGAGGCAGCUAAAAAAUGUCUUGCUGCAAUCACUGCUUGUGCUGCCACUGGGGAAGGAAACCUCCUGCAUCUUGCAGUAGAGGCAGCCCGAGCAAGAUGUACAGUUGGAGAAAUAACAGAUGCAAUGAAAAAAGUGUUUGGUGAACAUAAAGCUAAUGAUCGAAUGGUGAGUGGAGCAUACCGCCAGGAAUUUGGAGAAAAUGAAGAAAUAACUUUUGCUGUUAAUAGGGUCCAGAAGUUUAUGGAAUGUGAAGGGCGUAGACCUCGUCUUCUUGUGGCAAAAAUGGGACAAGAUGGCCAUGAUAGAGGAGCAAAAGUUAUUGCUACAGGCUUUGCUGAUCUUGGCUUCGAUGUGGAUAUAGGUCCACUUUUUCAGACUCCUCAAGAAGUGGCUCAGCAGGCUGUGGAUGCAGAUGUCCAUGUUGUAGGUGUGAGUACAUUAGCAGCAGGUCACAAAACUCUGGUUCCAGAUCUCAUGAAAGAGCUGACUGCUCUUGGACGGCCAGAUAUUCUUAUAGUAUGUGGAGGAGUCAUACCACCUCAGGAUUAUGAAUUUCUGUACAGCAUUGGUGUUGCCAAUGUAUUUGGUCCAGGAACUCGAAUUCCAAAGGCUGCAGUUCAAGUACUUGAAGAUAUUGAGAAAUCCUUGGAAAAGAAGCAAGAAUCCAUAUAAUAUCAAAUGUUUGUUCUUAUUUUCUUGUCAAAUUUCUAUUAACUUUUGACUAAUGAAAAGAAAAAAAUUCACAUCUAAAAAUGAUUUAUACUA